ACACAAUUGAAAUUUGGUUUCAUACUUCACUCGCUCUCUCUCUCUCUAAAAUAGAGACAAACAAACAGUCCCCUCUUUCCUCUCCACAACCACUCUCUCUCUCUCUCUCUCUUUCCCUCUCUCUAAAAACUCCUCUGCUCUCACUACUCUCUCUUUUUCACUCACUCACUCCACUCCACUGCUUCUCCUCUUUCAUUUGAUUCUCCCAAUAUGUUCAAUCUUCUGUUCGGCUGAAAUUAAAAAAGUUAAAUUAGGGUUUCUAUACCUCUUGGGCUUCUUUGAGUUUGUUGUCUGUGGAAUUUGGGUGGGCAUGGUGGGCUCUGAGGAGGAUUCUGGUACUUCUGGGGGUGCAGCGGUGCAGCUCUCUGGCAGUCGGAAAUUGUUCUGGCGCUCGGCUUCAUGGUCAGCAUCACGUUCCUCACUUCACCAUCCUGAAGUGAACAGAGAAGGGGGAGACCCCAAUGGGAAUCUCGGCGAUGGUAAUGGACCAAGCCGAAUUUUUCCUGCUCCUUUAACUCCAAGAUCACAGCAGCAUUGCAAAGCAAGGUCGUGCUUGCCCCCUUUACAGCCUUUGUCGAUUGCUCGGCGAAGCUUGGAUGAAUGGCCAAAGGCGGGGUCGGAUGAUAUUGGUGAGUGGCCGCAACCUCCUACUCCAAGUGGCAGAGGAAACAACGAGAGGUUGAAACUUGAUUUGUCAACAAUUCAGAGAAUCCCUGAUAAGAAUUGUGGGUUGGUGAAGAGGGAUAAAAUUGCUUUCUUUGACAAAGAGUGUUCAAAAGUGGCAGAACAUGUAUAUCUUGGUGGUGAUGCGGUUGCUCGAGAUAGGGAUAUACUUAAACAGAAUGGAAUAACUCAUGUAUUGAAUUGUGUAGGAUUCGUUUGCCCGGAGUACUUCAAAGAUGAUUUUGUGUACAGAACUUUGUGGUUGCAGGAUAGCCCAUCUGAGGAUAUUACUAGUAUUCUUUAUGAUGUUUUUGACUACUUCGAAGAUGUUAGAGAACAAAAUGGAAGGGUUUUUGUUCAUUGUUGCCAGGGAGUAUCCCGGUCGACGUCCUUGGUGAUUGCCUAUCUGAUGUGGAGAGAAGGGCAGAGUUUUGAUGACGCAUUUCAAUAUGUUAAGGCAGCAAGAGGUAUUGCCGACCCAAAUAUGGGUUUUGCUUGUCAGUUAUUACAGUGUCAAAAGAGGGUCCAUGCGUUCCCUCUUAGUCCAAGUUCACUGUUGAGGAUGUACAGAAUUGCUCCGCACUCACCGUACGAUCCCUUGCAUUUGGUCCCCAAAAUGUUAAAUGAUCCUUCGCCCUCUGCUCUUGAUUCUAGAGGUGCAUUUAUCAUUCAUAUACCUUCUGCCAUAUUUGUUUGGCUUGGUAAAAACUGUGAAGCAAUUAUGGAAAGAGAUGCAAGGGGAGCCGUUGUGCAGAUUGUUCGGUACGAGAGAGUGCAAGGGCCUAUAUAUGUAAUUAAGGAAGGGGAAGAGCCAACAAACUUUUGGGAUUCUUUUGCGAACCUGUUACCUUUAAUGGAUAAAUCUAACAGUAAAAUUAAUCUUGGGGAAUUAAAAGUUAAGCCUUAUCCAGGGGAGAGGAAAGUUGAUUCCUAUGAUGUGGAUUUUGAAAUUUUUCAGAAGGCUAUUACUGGUGGUUUUGUUCCUCCAUUUCCUUCAUCGGAGAAUGAGCAUGAAACCCAUCUUCCUGUUAGAGAAAGCAGUUGGAGUGUGCUUAGACGUAAGUUUGCCUCUGGAAAUAUGAAAGAGUCUGUAUCAGCUCCUCGAGUAUCCCUUUCUAGGGUUUAUUCAGACUCGUUGAUGAUGGUGCAUUUUUCUGCCAAAUCUUCAUCACCUUCAGCGUCUUCUCUGUCGUCGUCAUCUUCUUCACCUAUCUAUCUUUCGCCAGACUCCAUCUCUUCUGAUUCAAGUUCAAGUUCAAGUUCUAGUUCCAAGUAUUUUUCAGAAUCCUCUUUAGAUUCUCCAUCUGCUUCUUCACCUUCAGUUUCAGUUUCCUCACUGUCCAGUUUCUCUAACAUGUCUCUUGUCUCAUCCAAUAGUUCCUCAGAACACAUGCCCAAUGUUCCAGAAACUCGUGAUACAGUCCCUUUGGAAUCAAGUUCUCGUUCAUUUUCAUUCCCGUCGAAAAAGUUCUCACCUUCUCUUGCAGAACGUCGUGGUACUGCAAAAUCUCUGACAUUGCCUACAAUGCCUAGUAAAAUCAAAGCAACAAAUAGUGCCUCAAGGUUUCUCGCUACUCAAGAAGAAGUUAAGAGGAAAAACAAGACUUCUUACCCUCUUAAUGUAUCAAUUAAUAUGAAAAAUGGCUCAGACUCUAUGGAUAGGAUUGAAAAUGAACAAACAAGUUCCACUCAGAAUUUCAAGAAUAUUGGAAAUAGAAUGGAAAUAAGGGUAGGUAGUGUGGCCUCGUGCCAGCAGGAAACUAAAGUUGCUGGACAAUCUGCUGGUUCAUGGAAAAGCUAUCCCAAACUUUUUGAAGAAGGCAUGGUGUCCACUUUGUCUAAUGGGAAGCAAGAUGGUGAGUUUGUCCAACCUAUGGUAUACUGUUGGCCGGAGUUAGAAAAGAUUGCAGCUUUUGACACAAGUUACCUCAAUUCUAAAGCUGCUGUAGUGAUUUUCUCUCCAAGUAGGUAUUUAGGCAAGAAGGAUGACAUGAUGCUGUAUAUUUGGGUAGGAAGUUCUUUUGACCAUGAUUUAUCUCAGGUUCAUGUAAAGAGGGAUAAGGAUAAAGAGUUGGUUGAUAUAGAAAAGAUAGACUGGGUUAAAGUUGGUCAAUAUGUACUUACGGAAAUAGAUCUGCCAGAAAAUACAGAAAUUAAGAUUGUUAAAGAAGGUGAAGAAACAGAGGAAUUUCUUGCACGAUUGAGUCUGUUGAAGUCUCGCUGCUAAUAGACAUUUCCUUGAUUUGGUAACGAAGGUUAUUUGAUUGUUGAGCUGGCUUAGCGAGCCAUGCAACAUAGUCAUCAAAGAUGAACUCCCCUUACGAAUUUAGUGAGGAUGUUUCAAAAUUUAUGGCUGAGUAAAAAUUAUGAUUGGAAUUCGACCAAUAAUUCAAAUAUUUUCUUACAAAGAUGAAACUGACCAUUGUGAGAAAAACAAAAACAAGUAUUAUUCUCAAAAAUCAAAUGGCUUCAAAGUCGUUAAAUUGGGACACAAUCUGUCUGGGCUCUGUAGUGUCAUGUUUGUCUAUGGACAUUACGAAAGCGAGCAACAAAAAACAACAAACCAACAAAGGGGGUCCUCCACAAAAAACUUAAAAUAGUUGAUAUUGAAUUACAUUAUCCUAUUUUGUUAGCAGAUUCCAUGAAAAGCCGAGUUCUGAAUGAUUUCUUGACAUUGGUUGCUGUGUUUGCAGGAGACGCUUGAAAAUCCAAGUCGUUUUAUAGCAAGUCUUAACAAAGUUGUACAGAGCUGUAACACCCCCACGACGUAAUUCAAAUUUGAUCUUGUAAACAAUUUGCUGAAAAGGCCCUUGCCUAGCAUAUGUUAUUGACUUUUUUCUUCUUGAUAGGAUCAAUCAAAUCUUUCUUCAACUC